AUGGUAUUUGGUCUCUUCUUGAAUGUUCUAGGGUGCGAGUCUGUCUGGCCUCUCUGCACUGAUAAACAGUUCACCCUUGCUGGCUGCCGCCUGAAAAUGGUGAUGUUUGGUAAUGCCGCUGGCUCUGCAAACUGGGUGCUCCGGAGGGGCCUGUGGGGACUGAUGCUGGUCUUGUCUGUAGCCAUAUACGGCUCUCAUGCUCCCCUCCUGACCCAGUGCAAGGUGGACGGGAUGAUCCCCUUCAGCUCCACGUCCGUCGUGGUUCUUGUUGAGCUGACAAAGCUGGUGUUCUCCCUCCUGUUCCUGCUGACCUGGGACCGGGAGCUGCUGGGAGUCGCCGUGUCAUGGCGCCACAUUGCCCCCUUCGCCCUCUCUGCCCUGCUCUAUGCUGCCAACAACAACUUGGUGGUUCAUAUGCAGCUCUUCAUGGAUCCCAGCACCUACCAGGUCUUGAGUAACUUAAAGAUCGUCAGCACUGCGCUUCUCUACAGCCUCUUCCUGCGCCAAAGACUCAGCAUGCGCAAAUGGCUGGCUCUUUUCCUGCUGGUGGCUGCUGGGGUGAGCUACAGCUGUGGCGGCCUGCAGGACCCUGGCAGCCCCUCCAAGAUGCAGCUGCACAUCACGCUGGUGGGCUUGUUGCUGAUCUCGGUGUACUGCCUGAUAUCAGGCUUGUCUGCUGUCUACACGGAAGCCAUCCUGAAAACCCAGGCACUGCCUCUCAGCCUUCAGAACUUUUUCCUUUACUUCUUUGGGGUCCUGCUCAACUUGAUCGGCUACUUCUGGAGCAGCCCAGAGGGUGGUUUUUUGGAGGGCUUUUCCUCCUGGGUGCUGGUGAUUGUGGUCAGCCAGGCCUUGAACGGCUUGAUCAUGUCCGUGGUCAUGAAGCACAGCAGUAACAUCACCAGGCUCUUCGUGAUCUCCUGCUCUAUCCUGGUCAACGCCCUCCUGUCUGUCACUCUCUUCAAUCUGCAGCUCACCCUCCUCUUCUUCAUUGCUGUCUCAUGCAUCGGCCUCGCUGUUCACUUGUACUAUGGGGUCACGUAGCUGCUGCCUUCCUGCCCUGUAUGUGCCAGGGCAGCCUUUAGUCAUUCCUCAGGGGUGUUUAGUGCUUGUGCUGGGGCUGGCGUUAGAAGCACAGCGGUGCUCUGGCCGUCGGCCUCCCCGCCCUCGUGUUUGCGGGGAGUCGUUACUGGUGGGUGCAUGCACGACUAGUAAGGAGCCCCCGCAGGAGGAGUGCUGAGGGGGAGAGCCCCCUGCCCCUGUUUCCAGGGGGAAAGCCCCAGCCGGGCUCUGUGCCACGGGGUUCCCAUGUGAUCAGGCAUGUCCAGCCUUGAGGGUGGGUCCUGAGCCCCUUGUUCGUGUGGCAUCUCAUAUUUUCAAGCUGCUUCCCCCAUCUUCCCUGCACCAGAGUGCACCCGUCUCUUGUGCCUGUAAGUGCUCCUGCAGUGGUUAGCUCUGCUGUGCGCAGGCAGCCCUACUGCACGAUCGCUGCCAGGCCAGCGUUGGUCUGACGCUGUUUCAGCUCCUGUGGAUGGUGCCUGGAGAGCCUCCCGCUGUGUCCGGGGGUGAGACACCGUCCCACCUCUACAAUUUUCUAGCCCACCCCUUGCCCCAGCCCCUGGCUGAAGGGCUGCUGUCCUUAGGCCCCAUUUCCCCUUCUCAGGCAUGGUGUCACUGCUCUGUGUGGAGCAGAUGGGGAAUGGUGGGAUGUGGAAGCUGUUUCACCUGCUCCCCAAAAGGGACACAGCACCCAAAUUUGUACUGACACUGCAGCUAGUGAGUUCCUGGCAGGCAGAAGUCACUGCUGGUUCUGGCCGGGGUUAUUAAAGUUGCGGUUCAACAGUAUGCGUGUGUCUGUCCUCCCUGCAGGAAGGCAUCUGUUUUGCUUGGCAGAGGUUUGGGGCUAGGGACAUGUCCGAGCCUGACAACGUUUAUCGGUGAAGGGGCAUGUGCUUUAUUCCACGGGGCAGCAGCUGAGGGGCCACCAGCCCUCCCACCGUGCCCACUCUGCUCCUGUUGCAGGGCUGUGCCCGAGCCCGUGCUCCUGCAGGCAGGUGCCCAGCAGCAGAGCAGGGUUUUCCCUGGGGGGGCAGAGGGGUGAUGCGCUCCCGCCCUUCUGCCAGUAAGCACCCUCCCUGGGGCCAGGUUUCAGCAGGGAGCAGCCAUCAGCAGCCAGAGCAGGCAGGACAGGAGAGGCCCUGCCCUGUGUAACCGCUGUAGCUGGGGCUGGCCAGUCCCCUGGCAUCGGGGCUGGUGGCUCACUCCAGGGAGGGGGCG